AUGGAAACCAGUAAAGCCUUUGACUCGCAGAUCUCCGACGACCUACAGACUAAACAAAAUGAACUCGAAAAAUCUUUAAAGGCUGAGCGUGAUAGGGUUUCCAAAUUACAACAGGAUAUCAAUUCAUUAAAAUCGGUAUCUGAGGAUGUGACAUAUCUUAAGUCUCGAUCAAUGAGAGACAAUCUUUUGUUUUUUGGCUUCGAUGAGUGCAAAACGCCACAGGAAAGAAACGCUGAGAACUGCACCGAUCUUAUACUGGACUAUUGCAAAGAAACGCUGAAAAUUCCGGAUGCGCAGGCAGCAAUAAAAAUUGAACGCGCACACCGUUUAGGCUAUAGGUAUGAUAGAAAUAAAACUAGGCCGAUUGUAGUAAAAUUCAAUCACUACCCGGAUAAAGUGUUGGUUAAACAAAAGGCCCAUGAAGCACUACAAUCGUUUCUUAGUGCUAAAAAUGCAAGCAGUAAUCAAACGGGAGCCUCCGCAUCGCCAACUCGUCCGAAGAUUCGCGUGAGUGAAAAAUUUCCUAAAAUAAUCCAAGACCGACGCAAGGCGCUGAUUCCUAUAUUAGUGAAAGCCAAAGAGGGUGGCAAAAAAGCGUACUUGUCAUACGACAAAUUAUACAUUAACACAAUGUACACAGUGGAAAAUGUUGCAAGUGCAGGGUACAGUUAG